AAAACCCCGUACCGUGCGGUACCGCCCGACACGUUGCAUGUAGUCCAGCCUGGGCCUCAACACUUUCGCGUUGUGUUUCGGGCAGGAGACGAGCUCGCAAAAUAGUAACUCCAGCCGAGGCCGCUUCUGUUCACCGAGUGGAAGUUAUAUUCGAGUUACACUGUACUUUAAUCCCGUGUGCGAAAUAACUUUCCGGCUCAACACACCCGAUCGCCAAAAACGACUUGAAAACGGAGAACCUGAAAAGGUUUCAUGCUGUUCUUGCCCCGGACUACGACCGCGACUGCGUUUAACGGCCAUGGAGGAGUCGGAGUGAAGCCGCCCGGAGAGCGAACAGAGACGGCGAGGAUGAGCUGGGGAGCGGGCGGGCCCGGGGUGCAGACCCCGGGCUGGGAGCAGGCGGCGCCCCCCGCCCCCGGCUCGGUCUCCGGGCUGGACUUCAAGCUGGGCUCCCUGUUCCUGCUGCUGGCCGCGACGCUGCUGUGCGGCUUCGCCCCGCUGUGUCUCGUCAGAGGCUCGGGGAGAUGCAGCACGGACCCGGAUCUGCGGCGCAAAGUCCUGAGUUUGGUGAGCUGCUUUGCCGGAGGUGUGUUCCUGGCCACCUGUCUGCUGGACCUGGUGCCUGAUUACCUGUCUGCGAUCAACGAGGCCUUCGAAAGCAUGCAAAUCACGCUGCAGUUCCCGCUCCCCGAGUUCAUCUUGGCCAUGGGCUUCUUCCUGGUGCUGGUCAUGGAGCAGAUUGUGCUGGCCUACAAGGACCAAUCCGGGGGUUCGCUGGAGGAGAGGCGCGCCCUGCUCGUGGAUCCCAGCAUCCAAUCGCAUGGCAGGGAGGCGCAUGGCCCCUCC